AUGAUUAAAAACUCAACUAACAGUAAUAAUAGAGGUCAGCCGAAAAAGUCAAUACAUAUGCCGAUCGAUAUCUACUCAAUCCGUUAUAGCCCUCCCUGUCGGGCAGUCCUCAUGACGGCUAAGCAAUUGAAUAUUGAUUUAAAUAUCAAAACUGUUGAUCUGAGUCAAGGCCAACAUUUGGCCGAAGAUUAUCUCAAGAUGAACCCAGCUCAUACUGUUCCUACCAUUGAUGACGACGGGUUCAUACUAUGGGAGUCGAGAGCUAUUAUGCAAUACUUGUGUAACCGAUACGCACCGGACAGUCCCCUCUAUCCGAGUGAUCCCAAAAAGCGUGCACUUGUGGACCGUUGGCUUAAUUAUGACUUAUCUGUCUUUAUUACACUCCGAGAUUCAUUGACAACUUUCAAUAACACAAUGAAACUCUUGGAUCAGUUGAUUGGGAACAAUAAAUAUGUGGCGGGAAGUGACCUAACAAUUGCCGAUUUAUCUGUAUUGGCCUCUACCAACUCACUGAUAUUAUUGGACAUGGAUUUGAGUCCUUACCCUAACUUUAAGAAUUGGUUAACCGGCCCUCCCUGUCGGGCAGUCCUCAUGACGGCUAAGCAUUUGAAUAUUGAUUUAAAUAUCAAAACUGUUGAUCUGAGUCAAAGCCAACAUUUAGCUGAAGAUUACCUCAAGGUGAUUAACCCAGCUCAUACUGUUCCUACCAUUGAUGACGAUGGGUUCAUAUUAUGGGAGUCGAGAGCUAUUAUGCAAUACUUGUGUAACCGAUACGCACCGGACAGUCCCCUCUAUCCGGGUGACCCCAAAAAGCGUGCACUUGUGGACCGUUGGCUUAAUUAUGACCUGUCUGUUUUUAACGCACUCCGAGAAUCACUGUUGAUACAAAAAUUUAUGGGUUUGGAAAUGAGCGAAGAAAAUAAGACGAAAUUUAAUGACACAAUGAAACUCUUGGAUCAGUUAAUUGGGAACAAUAAAUAUGUGGCGGGAAGUGACCUAACAAUUGCCGAUUUAUCUUUGUUGGCCACUACUAACACACUGUUAAUAUUUGACAUGGAUUUGAGUCCUUACCCUAACUUUAAGACUUGGAUAACUGGAUUGACUGAAGAACUGCCUUAUUUUGACGAGAUUAAUAAGUUUGAAAACGAAGACAUUAUGGGAUAUAUGGCUAAAAUGAAGGCAUUCUUCCUCGCGAGACGUACUACCGUUAUUAAGAACAAAACGAUUAUUGAGUUGACCAUG